AUGAAGUUUCUCGCUCUUGUCAUCGCCGCUCAGCUCGCUACCGCGCUGCCUGUAGCCAAGGAGGCCUGCGCUUCGACUGAUGUUGCCUGUAUGGCACAGGAUGUCCCUAGUCAAGUCCUUGAUCCUGUCACUGAGCAGAUUGACGGCUCUACCAAGUCACUUGAGAAAGCCCCAGUUCGCAGCCCCAAUAGGCGCGACGAGAUCGAGGACGCUCUUUCCGGCAUCGACAUGUCUGACAUGCCUGAGAAGGGAGAGCCCAUCCCUGCUCGCCCAAGCGAGCGUGACACCGUCACUCCUUCUGCUGACGACGUUGCCGAUGCCGGCCCAGACGUGUAUCAGGAGACAUACGACAUGGUCCCCGAGGCGACUGACGACUCCUACGGAGAGGUUCUCCCUGAACUCUCUGACAGUCUGGCCAAGAAGGGUAUUUUCGACGACCUAAGCCUUGACAAGACUCUCCCUGAAUUCGAGGACUCUUAUGAGGACUCUUACGAGACCGUGCCUGAGGUCACCAGCGCUGCCUACGAGGCUGUGCCUGAAGUUACCAGCGCCGCUUACGAGGCCAUGCCUACACCUGCCGAGGCCGCCUACGGUGCCCUCCCAACCCCUACCGACGUAUACGAGGCCGCUCCCACUCCCAGCGAUGUCUACAACGUCGCUCCCGUCAAGCCCAGCAAUGUCUACGUCCCUACCCCCACCAAGGAACCUACCUACGGCGCUCUUCCCACUCCUAUCAAGGACACCUACGAGGCUGCCCCCGUUGAGGACACGUACGACUCCCUUGACUUGGACCUGGACAUCUUCCGCAAGGACUAG